AUGUGUCAGGACUAUAUCGACCUGAACAAGACCUGUCCGAAGGAAAGCUUUCCAUUGCCGAGGAUCGACCAGCUCGUUGACGCAACCGCUGGACCCGAGCUGCUCAGCUUCAUGGACGCCUAUUCAAGGUACAACCAGAUUUUCAUGGACCCUGCCGAUAGCGAGCAUGCGGCGUUCAUCACCGACUGCGAGUUGUACUGUUACAACAUCAUGCCUUUCGACCUGAAGAAUGCGGAGGCAAUGUAUCAGUGGCUCGUCAACCGAUUUUUGCUAAACACAUCGGCGGCAUUAUGGAAGUAUAUGUCGACGACAUGUUGGUAA